GAUCCAAUGGCGAUGAAGCGAACGCAACUGUAUGGGAUGAGCAGCAACCCCUAUUCACAGCAGCAGCAGGGCGGGUCCUAUCCAGGCCAGCCAUACGCAUCCCCUCCUCCCCACAGAUACCCAAUGGGAAUGCAGAGCAGGAACCAGGAAGGAAUGGGCGGAAUGCAAUACCCACAACAACAGCAGAUGCCUCCUCAGUAUAGUCAGCAAGGCCUGCAAUCGUACUACGACCCCCCGCAGCAGCCAGCGGCACGGGCACAGCCUGCACACACACAGCAGAAGCUCCCGCCCCAGCAGGACAUGUCUGGUUCCAUCGAUGACUUGACCACAGGAACCGAAGCCGCUCUGAGCUCUGCUGUCAGUACCUCGGGCUCUACAAGCAGUCAGGGGGAGCAGAGCAACCCAGCGCAGUCUCCCUUCUCUCCCCAUGCCUCUCCUCACCUCUCCAGCAUGCGCAGCGGCCCCUCUCCCUCCCCAGUGGGCUCUCCCGUCGGGAGCAACCAGUCCAGGUCUGGUCCCAUCUCUCCUGCAAGUGUUCCAGGCAGCCAGGUGGCCCCUCAAACUCCGGGUCAUCAGUCUGAACCCGGAUCACACCCUACAAUCAACCAGACCACAGUGUCUCAGGAGAGAGGUUUUCUGCCUGGCAUGCAGCGGAACCCUCCGAUGUCCCAGUAUGCAACUCAGCAGUCUGGACCCUCCAUGUCCCAACACCCUUCGCCUGGAGGCCAGGUUCUGCAUCCCAACACCCUUCGCUGGGAUGGGGGUGGCUCCAGCGGCACUUAUGGGCCUCAGAGUGGACACUAUGGACCUCAAGGUAACUAUCCGAGGCCGCCAAAUUAUGGAGGGGCACCAAGUGCCAACUACAGUGGAGCAGGUCCUGGCAUGAGCAACAGCUUGGGUAUGAACGCCAGCAGCCCGAUGCACGGGCAGGGUCCUGGGCAGCCCUGUGGCUCCAUGCCCCUGGGCCGGGGGCCAGCGUCAGGAAUGGCCAGCAGACCGUACCCUGGAAGCAUGAGCAACAUGGCCCCCAACUCUCCCAGCAUGCCUCAGCAGACUGUCCAGGGGAUGGGUCCCCCUCUGCCGUCCAUCAACCGCAAGGCUCAGGAGGCCGCUGCUGCCGUCAUGCAAGCAGCUGCCAGCUCCGCCCACAGCAGGCAAAGCAGCUACCCCAGUAUGAAUCAAAGUGGCAUGAUGGGCUCAAACUCCCCCUAUAGCCAGCCCAUGAACAACAACUCGGGGGUGAUGAACCCACAAGGCCCUGCCUACAACCUGGGCAGCAGCUCUGCAGGUCUCAUGGGUCUGGCAGGGGACAUGAUGAAUGCUGCUGACCCAAAGCUGCCGCUGAAACCAGAGAGUAAAGAGGACAGUAUCCCUCCACUGGAGACCAAGGUAUCCUCCCUUCAGCAUGUGGACAGCAUCCCUCCACUGGAGACCAAGACCAAGGUAUCCUCCCUUCAGCAUGUGGACAGCAUCCCUCCACUGGAGACCAAGACCAAGGUUUCCUCUCUUCAGCACGUGGACAGCAUCCCUCCACUGGAGACCAAGACCAAGGUAUCUUCCCUUCAGCAUGUGGACAGCAUCCCUCCACUGGAGACCAAGACCAAGGUAUCCUCUCUUCAGCAUGUGGACAGCAUCCCUCCACUGGAGACCAAGACCAAGGUAUCCUCUCUUCAGCAUGUGGACAGCAUCCCUCCACUGGAAACCAAGACCAAGGUAUCCUCCCUUCAGCAUGUGGACAGCAUCCCUCCACUGGAGACCAAGACCAAGGUAUCCUCCCUUCAGCAUGUGGACAGCAUCCCUCCACUGGAGACCAAGACCAAGGUAUCCUCCCUUCAGCAUGUGGACAGCAUCCCUCCACUGGAGACCAAGACCAAGGUAUCCUCCCUUCAGCAUGUGGACAGCAUCCCUCCACUGGAGAUCAAGACCAAGGUAUCCUCCCUUCAGCAUGUGGACAGCAUCCCUCCACUGGAAACCAAGACCAAGUUAUCCUCUCUUCAGCAUGUGGACAGCAUCCCUCCACUGGAGACCAAGACCAAGUUAUCCUCUCUUCAGCAUGUGGACAGCAUCCCUCCACUGGAGACCAAGACCAAGGUAUCCUCCCUUCAGCAUGUGGAUAGCAUCCCUCCACUGGAGAUCAAGACCAAGGUAUCCUCCCUUCAGCAUGUGGACAGCAUCCCUCCACUGGAGAUCAAGACCAAGGAUAGCCCCAGCUCUCAGGGUAUUUCUCAGCCCCCUACCCCAGGCAGCCUGCCAGUCCCUUCCCCCCUGUCCCCCUGCACCGCUAGCAUCUCCUCAUUUCAUGGAGAUGAAAGUGAUUGCAUUAGCAGCCCGGGCUGGCCAAAGACUCCAGCAAGCCCUAAGUCCAUCUCUUCCACCACCACUAACGAGAAGAUCAGCAAGCUGUAUGAGAUGGGUAGCGAGCCCGAGCGCGGGGUGUGGGUGGAGCGCUACCUGGGUUUCAUGGAGGAGAGGGGCUCGGCUGUCCUUAACCUGCCAGCUGUGGGGAAGAAGCCCCUGGACCUCUGCCGACUCUACAUGGCGGUUAAGGAAAUCGGUGGCCUGGCUCAGGUUAAUAAAAGUAAGAAAUGGCGAGAGCUGUCCAGCAUCCUCCACAUGGGCACCUCGAGCAGCGCGGCCAGCUCCCUGAAGAAGCACUACAUCCAGUACCUGUUUGCCUUUGAGUGUAAAGUGGAACGCGGAGAGGAGCCGCCACCUGGAAGCUUCUCUGUGGGACACAAUAAGAAGCAAGCCAGGAUCCAGCCACCAUCUCCUGCCAAUUCAGGCUCCUUGCAAGGCCCCCAGACCCCACAGUCAACUGGCAGCAGUUCCAUGACUGAAGCUCCAGAAGACCUCCAGCCUCCAGCCCCAGUCUCCUCAGCACAUGGGCAGAUGCCACCCCUGCAGGGUAACAGAAGCAGUGCGGUCAGCGUGCAGGACCCCUUUUCAGAGAUCAGUGACCCUGCAUUCCAGAAGCACAGCACUCCAUACCAGCCGGGGGUGAACACGCCGGAGGGGGUGAUGAGGAUGCACUUUGAAUCCAGUAAGGGUCCUCUUGGUGGGAUGAGAAAAGUGCCUGGAAACAGUGAGCCCUUCAUGAGUCCAGCACAGCUGUCCAGCAGCGGGAUGCAGGACAUGUACAGUCGGUCACCCUCAGCCGGGAUGUCCAGUCUGGGGAUGGGGCAGAGGCAGCAGUACCCCUAUGGGCCAAGGUAUGACAGGAGACCAGAUCACGGGAUGAGCCCAGAAGGUAGUUUGGGGCCCCCUGGUGGUCAGAGUAACAUGGUGCCUUCAAACAGUGACCCCAGCAUGUACUCUCCACACGGACACCCUGGCCAGCAGAGACAUGACCCCUACGGGCAGCAAUACUCAGGACAGGGUCCCCCCUCAUCACAGCCUCCAUAUGGGUCACAUCAGCCUGCCAUGUUCCCUCAGCAACAGGGCUACAAGCGUCCCAUGGAGGGCAUGUACAGCCCCCCAGCCAAGCGACAUGAAGGGGAAAUCUACAGCAUGCAGUGUGGCGGCCAGCACCCCGACAUGUACAGCCAGUAUGGCAGCAGCUUCUCUGGGCCCGAGCGGCGGCCCAUUCAGGGACAGUAUCCCUACCCUUACAGCCGGGACAGGCUGCAGAUAGCUGGGCAACCCCCCCCACAGCAGCACGGGAUGCUGAGCAGCGCCCUCCAGCACACCUCCAACACUGGCGCGGGCCCCCAGCAAAACACGUGGCCCUCCAGGACUGCUCUACCAUAUCCCUACCCCAACAGACAAGGACCCGGGGCAUCCUCCCAGGGACCCAUCUACCCUGGUAUGGGCAGGGAGGAUGAGAGCGUGGUCCCUGACCAGAGGCUAAACCCAGAGAGCCAAUGGCCAAGUCACGUCAACCAGCGGCAGUCCCCCUACCUGCCCCCUUCCUCCAGCUCCCUGGCCUCCAUGACCUCACGGCCUCCCCAGCCCUCCUAUCAGACUCCUCCCUCUUUGCCAAACCAUAUCUCCGGGGCGCCCAGCCCUGCCUCCUUCCAGCGCUCCCUGGAGUCCCGCGUGUCCCCCAGCAAGUCUCCCUUUCUACCAGCCAUGAAGAUGCAGAAGGUGGGCCAACCCGCCCCCGCGUCCCACGUCAGCGGCCCCGUGGUUCAGCCACCAAUCAGCAGACGUGAGAUUGGCUUUCCCCCUGGCUCUGCGGAGGCAACGCAGCCUGUCCUGAAGCCACGGCGCAGGAUCACCUCCAAGGACACGGCAACACCAGAGGCAUGGCGUGUGAUGAUGUCUCUAAAAUCCGGUCUCCUGGCUGAAAGCACAUGGGCUCUGGAUACCAUUAACAUCCUUCUGUACGAUGACAGCACGGUCGCCUCGUUCAACCUCCUGCAGUUACCUGGAUUCUUGGAACUCAUGGUUGAGUAUUUCAGAAAAUGCCUGAUUGAAAUGUUCGGCAUCCUAAAGGAAUAUGAAAUUGGUGCUCCAGGCCAGAAGGCUCUUCUUGAACCAGUUUCCAUUAAAAAGGAGAACAUUCAGUCCAAAGCGAGUGAUUGCGGGACUGAGGAGGUUAAAACAGACUGCAAGGAGGAGCAGGCUAAGGAACUGGAUGAACCUGAGAUUGACAAGGAGGAGGUGGAGGCAGAGGCAGAGGAACAGGAAGAGAAGAGGGGGGUCGACACUGAAGAGACCUUGGACAAGCCAGAAGAGAAACCAAAACAAGCCAGCAAGUUCGACAAGCUGCCCCUGGAGCUGGUGGAUGCAGGGGAUGACUUUGUGGUGGAACGCUCAGAGCAGCUGAAACACGUCCAGGAGUUCAGCAGCGGGCUCCUCCAUUGGAAGAUCGGGGGAGGAGACUCCACGGAACACAUCCAGACCCACUUUGAGAGCAGGGUGGAGGUGGUGAUGAGGGGGUGGCAUGGGGACUCCUGUGCUAACCCAGACAAAGAGCACAAGAAAAACAAGCAAGUGGAAAUGGAGGAAACAGUGUCAGAAGAUCAAGUGGAGAACAGCAUCAUGGCAACCAUCGAUGAUGUGCUGAGUGCCCGUCCUGGAGCUCUCACGGACGGCAAUCUGUUUCCCACCUCCACACACCCUGACCAGCUGGCCUUACGCAUCCGUCAAGCCAAGAGCCAUAGAAAAAUCAAGCUUCUGGAAGAUGAGCACAAGACUCGAGACGAGCUGCCUCUGUCCACCAUUGCCAGCUGGCAGGACUCUCUCACCAAGCGCUGCAUCUGCGUGUCCAAUAUUGUGCGCAGCUUGUCCUUUGUGCCUGGAAAUGAUGCAGAGAUGUCAAAACACUCGGGGCUGGUCCUGAUCCUGGGGAAGAUGGUCCUUCUGCACCAUGAGCAUCCUGAGAGGAAGCGAGCCCCCCAGACCUACGAGACGGGAGAGGCACAGGACAAGGGAUUGGCGUGCAGCAAGGACGAGUGGUGGUGGGACUGCCUGGCAGUCCUGCGGGAGGACACCUUGGUCACCUUGGCUAACAUUGCGGGGCACCUGGACCUCUCUCUUUACCCACAGAGCAUUUGUCUGCCCAUCCUGGAUGGUCUACUGCACUGGAUGGUCUGCCCAUCAGCCGAGGCCCAGGACCCCUUCCCCCUGGCAGAGCCGAGCUCAGCCCUCACCCCCCAGAGACUUGCGCUGGAGACCCUGUGCAAGCUUAGCGUCCAGGACAGCAAUGUGGACCUCAUCCUGGCGACCGCGCCCUUCAGCCGGCUGGAGAAGCUGUAUGCCACCUUGCUUCGUUUCGUGGGAGACCGCAAGAACCAGGUCUACCGGGAAAUGUCAGUAGCCAUUUUAUCUAACCUUGCCCAAGGGGACACAUUGGCAUCACGGGCCAUAGCUGUGCAGAAAGGAAGCAUUGGGAACUUAUUAAGCUUCCUGGAGGAUGGAGUCACCCUGGCACAGUACCAACAGAGCCAGCACAACCACCUCCACAUGGAGCCGCCCAGCAUCAACAUGAUGUGCAGGGCAGCAAAGGCUCUUCUUGCCAUGGCCAGGGUGGAGGAGAAUCGCUCAGAGUUUGUUUUGUUUGAAGGACGGCUGCUUGACAUUUCCAUAUCCUCUGUGCUAAACUCCACAGUGGCCUGCAUCAUUUGUGAAGUACUCUUUCAGAUUGGACGCUUAUGACAGCAGUGGGAGGCCAAGCAUGUGUGAGUGGAGACAUAAAAACAGGUCACAUAUAAUUGGCUCUAUAUAUAUUGUAUUUAAACUAAUAAUAAUAAUAAUAAUAAUAAUAAUAAAUAAUAAUAAUAAUAAUAAUUAAGAAGAAGAAUCUUUGUACUUCUCACUAUUACCAUUUGCAAGCUUUAAAAUAAUUUGACAGUCUUUUAAUAUGUGCUGUUCAUAUGUACAAGUACUUUCUUCUUUGUGAUGUUUUUGAGGGUUCCUCUUUAUUUUUUAUAAAUGUUCAUACCUGUUUUUUUUUAUUUUUUAGUUUAACAUACAUAAAUUGUGAGUUCACGUGUCAAUUACAGAAAACAAAUCAUUGUUCUGAUUGAGACAAGGAAAUAUAUGCACCUUCCAAAUCUCUGUGCAACAGGGAAAUAGAUUGUUGUUGGGCAAUAGAGCAACUUGUGCACCAGGGGGCAGUGUUGCAUUUGCCUAGCAGUUAAAAAAAAAAAAAAAAAAAAAAAAAAAAAAGACGUGGUUUCUUUAGUCAUUUUGCUGUGUUUGUUUGUUUGUUUUGUAUUGCCUAUGAGCCAUGAUGUGUGUAGAAGUUGUACAUUGAACAUGCCCUCAAUUAUUUUGUUGUGUUAGUACAGCAGGGAUGGAUAUGAGUCCCACUGCAUAGCAUAGCAGUUAAAUCCAUUCCUGGUUUUACUAUGAGUUCAAUAAGACACACCAGAGCUUGCUACCUCUAUACACUGGGGCUAAUCAAG